UCACAAUGCGGAUCAUUCUCCGGAGGAGGGAGGAUGGAAGCGAGCCAGUUGUUAUCCAGCUUCUCUCGCCACUGUUGCUGUUGCUGCAUUUCCCCUGGUUCCUUCUUAAGUUGGAAUGGAGACAUUGGAGAUCCCUCUCCAGAAGUCUCCCGGAGUUCCAGCUUGCUGGAAGAAGGGAGCUCUGAUCGGAAGUGGAUCCUUUGGAAACGUCUAUGUUGGCUUUGACAGCUAUAUUGGAAGGUUUUGUGCCAUCAAGGAGGCCAUGAUCUCCUGCAGUGACUACAGGUCUCAAGAAUGUUGCAAACAGCUGAGACAAGAGAUUGCUAUGUUGAGCCGCCUGAGGCAUCCAAACAUCGUCCAGUACUACGGCUCCGAAUCAAUGAAGGAUAGGCUCCAUAUCUACUUGGAGUUUUUAUCCGGUGGCUCCAUCCAAAAGCUCCUCCACGAGUAUGGCGCCUUCGAAGAGCCAGUGAUCAAAAGUUACACACGGCAAAUCGUGUGUGGCUUAGCGUACCUCCACAGCAAACAAACCGUCCACAGGGAUAUCAAAGGGGCAAACGUCCUCAUUGACUCGGAUGGAAAUGUAAAGCUCGCGGACUUUGGAAUGGCCAAACACGUUACUGCCAAGUCGUUUGCACGCUCGCUAAAAGGCUCUCCAUACUGGAUGGCUCCAGAGAUUUUGAAGAGCCGCUGCAGUGGCUACGAUCUCUCAGUCGAUAUAUGGAGCCUCGGCUGCACGGUGAUCGAAAUGGCACAAGCAAGACCACCAUGGAGUGACUACGAAGCGGUUCCAGUGCUCUACAAACUGGCCACCACUCUGGAAACACCCCGAGUCCCCGACUUCCUCUCGGACCAAGCCAAAGACUUUCUCCGACUCUGCCUCCAGCGAGAUCCUUCUCACAGACCCACCGCUUCUCAGCUCUUCUUCCAUCCCUGGUUCACUGCCAAUCACUUCCAGCAUUCCUACGAGCCUCAGCUUGCUCAAGUCGAAACCGUGGCUUGAAAACUCGAGAAUCGAAAGAUAAGU